AUGGGAAACCUGCUGAGUAUGUCGUCGGAGCCACCUGCGGAGCGGAAGAGAAUCCUCGGAGCUGCUGACAACACAAAGUCGCCAAUCACAACCAAUACAGAACCGCUGUUUCUCGAUGAGGGAGAAAUUCUCAAGAAGGAACAGCAGUAUCCAUUGUUCAAAAAGCGAAUAACGGUGUCAGUGUUCAACGUAGGCAACCGAGUGGGAGCAAUAAUCAUCAUUCAACGGUUAUAUCGUCGAUAUCGUCGGUUGCGAAUAUGGCACGAGGUGAGCGAUAACAUGCUGUUAAUUGCUCGAGGCCAACUUGAGACGCUACGAGCUCAGGAGCAGACAAAUAUCUCGGCGGCCAGCUUUCGGCAAUUGCUAGUCGAAGGUUUUUCGGCAAGCAAAGUCUGCAUUUCUGGAGCGUUGAAGACAGUCCAGCUACGACUCGUGCUAAACCCAGAGGCUGGCGAGUGCUACCUCACAUGGACACCGUCGAGGAAGAAAAAGCCAAGGAUCAAUUUACACGACAUCGAAGAGGUUAUUGCAGUGCGAAAAGAAGGGAACCCGGAAGCUCCACGGUUGUCGAAGAAAGUGAGUUAUCGUCGAGGUGUCAUUCUCGUGUGUAAGAGUUAUCACCGUGGACGGGUUGUCCUCGAAGUGGCCACUAAGAGAGAGCGAAAUAUCCUCUUGCAAGGAUUCCAGCAGCUUCUAAGUGAAAUGGCCUCGACGGAACCGACUCUGGAUGUUCUUGGAGCGCUUCGCAAUCAGCAACCACGGCGUCAGAGUGUAAUGGAAUUCUUUAGCACUACUGAAGAAUCACAGGUACCUGCAGUGAUCAUCGUUCCCGACGUGUCGAGUUUGAUGCCCAGAAGAGGCUCUAUUGCUGUCUAUCGUCCCGAAGCUCUAGGUGAGGACACCCCAUCACUAUCAGAAGACUCGAGAAAGGUACCAGUACAAGAUCAAGAAGCACAUGAGAUGGCGGACUCUGUACGAGCAGAUGCAAAGGCGAUCGAGCAUUUUUACCAGACUCGCUUCGAUGAUUCGCCCGACAGUGCACGGCCGAGCAGAGCCAUGGAAGCCAGACACUAG